CCAAGGUAAACCGUCACAUUCAGCAAUUGCCGUCCGCUAACCUAACCAUAGUUCCACCCUCACUUCUAUAGUGUAUCUGUAUCACAACUAUAAAUACCAAGCCCUAAUUCUCAAAAACCAUACAUUUGCAUCUGAAGGCGUCUUGAUAAACGCCUUUUGAUUGUGUGUUUGUUUGUAUAUCGAGUUCUUAAUCUCCAAUUUCCUGUCAUAUCUCAAGUCUAAUCUCCUGCGAAAAUGAGAGAGUGCAUCUCGAUCCACAUCGGUCAGGCCGGUAUUCAGGUCGGAAACGCUUGCUGGGAACUUUACUGCCUCGAGCAUGGCAUUCAGCCUGAUGGACAAAUGCCAAGUGACAAAACAGUCGGAGGAGGCGACGACGCUUUCAACACCUUCUUCAGCGAAACCGGCGCCGGAAAACACGUCCCACGCGCCGUCUUCGUAGAUCUCGAACCCACCGUCAUCGAUGAAGUCAGAACCGGAACCUACCGCCAACUCUUCCACCCUGAACAACUAAUCAGCGGCAAAGAAGACGCCGCUAACAACUUCGCACGUGGCCACUACACAAUUGGGAAAGAAAUCGUGGACCUCUGUUUAGACAGAAUCCGAAAGCUGGCUGACAACUGCACCGGUCUCCAAGGCUUCCUAGUCUUCAACGCCGUAGGCGGCGGCACCGGCUCCGGUCUAGGCUCUCUCCUCCUCGAACGCCUCUCCGUCGACUACGGAAAAAAGUCAAAACUCGGGUUCACAGUCUACCCAUCUCCCCAAGUCUCAACAUCAGUAGUCGAGCCCUACAACAGCGUCUUAUCAACCCACUCGCUUCUAGAACACACGGACGUCGCGAUUCUUCUCGACAACGAAGCCAUCUACGACAUCUGCCGCCGGUCACUAGACAUCGAACGUCCGACCUACACAAAUCUCAACCGUUUAGUCUCCCAAGUCAUCUCUUCACUAACUGCGUCGUUACGUUUUGACGGAGCUUUAAACGUCGACGUGACAGAAUUCCAAACUAACCUAGUUCCAUAUCCGAGGAUUCACUUCAUGCUUUCCUCCUACGCUCCUGUGAUAUCAGCUGAGAAGGCUUAUCAUGAACAGUUAUCAGUUGCUGAGAUAACCAACAGUGCGUUUGAGCCUUCUUCUAUGAUGGCGAAGUGUGAUCCGAGGCAUGGGAAGUAUAUGGCGUGUUGUUUGAUGUACAGAGGGGAUGUGGUUCCGAAGGAUGUGAAUGCUGCGGUGGCGACGAUUAAGACGAAAAGGACGAUUCAGUUUGUGGAUUGGUGUCCGACUGGGUUUAAGUGUGGGAUUAAUUACGAGCCGCCGACUGUUGUGCCAGGUGGCGAUUUGGCAAAGGUGCAACGUGCGGUUUGUAUGAUUAGUAAUUCGACUUCGGUUGCGGAGGUGUUUUCGAGGAUUGACCAUAAGUUUGACUUGAUGUAUGCGAAGAGGGCUUUUGUGCAUUGGUAUGUGGGGGAGGGGAUGGAGGAAGGGGAGUUUAGUGAAGCGAGGGAGGAUUUGGCUGCGCUUGAGAAGGAUUAUGAGGAGGUUGGUGCUGAAGGGGGGGACGAUGAGGGUGAUGAAGAUAUGUUUAAGUUGUUUGGAAUCAACUUGUCGGCUCGCAACGAAGAUGUUCCUACAAAAGACUCAACAUUUUCCACCGAUCAGAUGUUCAGGUCUCGUGAGGAAUUGUUUGAAUGGACACAAAACACAGCACACUCUUUAGGAUAUGUCAUUAUCACUAAAAGAUCAAAAGCAUAUGUGAACGGAUUUGUGUAUAAAGUCAUACUUGCAUGUGAUCGUAGUGGAGAGUAUAAAGCUACUAACACAAGUAGAGUAUCUGGAAGCAGAAAGACUAAUUGUAAAUUUGAAUUGCAAGGAAAGUAUUCAAAAGUAUCUGAUCGAUGGACACUAAGGGUAAAAUGUGAUGAACAUAAUCAUGCACUUGCACAACAUAUGGAGGGUCAUCCGUUUGCACGACGGUUAUCUGUUGAUGAGAAUCGUUUGGUGGCAAAUUUAAUAAGAAAGCAUGUAGCGCCACGCCAUAUCUUGUCAACAUUGAAGGAGCAAAACGAAAACAAUGUGUCGGUAAUUAAAACAAUAUAUAAUGCACAACAAAAGAUUCGCAUGCAUGAGAAAGCAGGAAAAACUCCAAUGCAGGUUCUUAUAUCCAUUUUGCACAACAAUAAUUAUAUCUAUGAGCUUACUACAGGUGCUUCAAAUGAGUUGGAGAAUUUAUUUUUUGUUCAUCCAACAUCUUGGAAGAUAUGGCGUGCAUUUCCACAUGUGUUGAUAAUAGAUGCCACAUACAAAACGAACAAAUAUAAUAAGCCGCUUGUUCAAAUAGUUGGUGUGACCUCAACUCAAGGGAUGUACAUCAUAUUUAGCAUUCGUGAUUGA